ACCAGAUGUCAGGAACGUUACUUGCGAGCACAACUUGAUAAGUAACUUUAGUUAAACAAUUGUUGUCCCAAUUUCAUUGUUCAGUUCAAAGGACAUGCUAGUUUAAUUACGUUUCGCACUCUUUCAUUAUUAUUUUUAAAAGACAGUAAUGUAAUAUAACAUAUUGAAGCUUCACCAGUGUUAACUCAGUUAUAUUCGUUUUUUAACUAUCCAGUUCGGUGUGGUAGCAUCAAAUAUGGGCCUGCUUCGCACGGAAAUGGCUAGUGAGAAGGAAGCUAUGAUGGCCUCUCCUUAUGGCGCAGCUGGGGAUGCUGCUGGUGUUUACCUCAGCCCUCAGGAUCAUUAUGAGAAGACUACUCUUCUACUGGCAAGAUCCAAACUCAAGGCCUCAUCACGAACAUCUGCACUGCUAUCAGGAUUUGCAAUGGUAGCAAUGGUUGAGAUGGACCUGAAAAAUGGCCUACCACCUGGCCUGCUGAUAGCAUUUAGUGUAUGCACUGUGGUGCUGGUAUCUGUUCAUCUUCUUGCUUUGAUGAUCUCCACGUGCCUGCUGCCUCACGUAGAGGUGGCAGCGGGCCACACUCUGGACAACACUGCAACUGGGCCCCUCUUGCCACAAUAUGCACCAGAGAAAAACAAGGAAGGCCUUUAUCAGCCUCAUCUUCAUAUGAGGAAAUACAUUGAGUUGGCGUGGAUGUGCUCUACUGUGUUCGGCAUCAUGCUGUUCCUGAUGGAGAUCGGCCUGAUCGUGUGGGUUCAGUUCUACCCGGUAUCGCGAGUGUCUGCGUACGUCGCGACCUGUGUCUUGGUACCUAUAAUCCUGCUCUUCCUGGUAGUGAUCUACAAGUUCUACCAGCGUGUGAUCAACAGCCGCCUUAAUUUGUUCGAUCACAUGCUCUCUCAGUCCAGUCAUGGGUUUACUGAAGGUGAAGAGCAUUCUGUUGCAAGUAUGCAGACAGAUGAUGGUGGUGAGACUCGAGUCGUGAACGGCAUGCAUAUUGUCUGAAGGCAUUCAUGAAUUAUUAUAAAGAUUUUUCUCACAAGAUUCUUACUCUUGUGGCAACCACGGGCCUGGCAUGGCUAAGAUUUUAGUUGAAGAGAUUGGUGACUGACAUAACGCAGCCAUAAUUUAAGUAAUAAAGCUAAAUUAAGUUAGCUGGAAAUAGAAUAAACAAGUGACAAGAUCCUCACUGAAUUAAAUUUCGCCAUCCAGGGAAAAAUAUCGCCAAUGUUAGCAAAAAAAAUUAUCUAAUUGUUGAAGAUAUGUCUGAUCCAAUACUGCUCAGAAUUGUAGGCAGAAGUUUAGAUGCAAAAUUUUUUUCUAGUAGUAGAAACAAUAUUUUAAACUUCAAUAAAAUAAAUUAUUCUGGUUGUGAAUCAAAUGUGCCCAGUGAGACAUUUUUUUAUGGUAUGGGUUUUUUUAUAAAUUAAUUUUCUAUUGUUGGCCAUUCAUUUUUGUUCAGAUUGUUGGCUUGGAAGACACUUGUUAUGUAUAUAGUGAGAAGACUAAUUUAUUUAAGUUUCUUACUUCUACUGCAUUAUGAACGUUGCCAUUUUUUUCAUUAAAAGUAAUAUGAAAUAUCUAAUAUCCGUCAUGAUCUAAUAUCCGUCAUGAUCUAAUAUUAAGGUAGGUAAUAUUCCAAAUAAAUUAAGGUGAUUGAGAAGCAUGAUAUGGAUACCUACCUAUGCAAGUAACUUGGUGGUACGAGCAUGUAAAUAUAUCUACGUAUCAGUUAUGUCUACUGACUUUAAAGCAAGUCAUUAUUAUUCUUCAUCAUUUAAAUAUCUAGAUUCUGAUUGCUGAACUCGUAUCUGGUAUACGGCAUGCGUGGAAUAUCAAGUUAUUAGUUGAGAUGCUCAAGCUUGGCGCCGUCGUCCAUUAAAAUUUUUAUUUUGAAACCUUAGGCCCAUUUGAAUGAAAAUCUUUAAAAAUCUUAGCAACCAACUAGGGAUUGCCUCCGUUAAGUAUGAGGCAGGAGGUUUUAAUGAUGCUCAUCAGAGUGUGGUUGAAACUAUUGAUUUCUUUUAUCUUACUUUAAACGUUAUGAUCGUUGUAUAAUUUAUUACAAACCUUAACAUUAGGUAGCAUUUAGGCAAGACAACCAUUGCAAUAUUUCAUCACAGCGACAUAGCAGCGCACGUUUCUGUUAGGCCUGAUUGUGUUCCAAUUAUAUUUACAAUAACAUUGACCAAAACGUCAUUUUGAACAACAUAGAACUGGUCAAAUACCAAGAUCCGCCUGUAUCUGCUGAGUUCCUUUAUAGCUUAAGCAUUUGGUCAACAAUAUUUACAUAAUUUCCAAUGACGUCUUGGGGCAACCAGAAAGAAAUAGAAAAUGAUUUCAGAAGAGAAAAUGUACAACCUAAACAAAGCUUCUAGUCGCGGCAGUGUUUUCAAUUUAUCAUCUCACACGCAGUAAACUGCCUAUACUCUGAUCAAUUAGUCAAUAUUUUGUGUGGUCCUUUCUUGUUAUGCAUGGUAAAUUUUGUUACUUUAUUGACGUGGUUGGGUUUAUGGUACGCUGUUGAGAUAUAUACCUAUUGUACGUGUCAUGCAAUGUGCUCUACGUAUCCUUUUACUUUUACGUCCGAUGUUCAUGUUAACGUAGCUGUCAUUUUUACAAUUUAUGCUCUGCUUUCCCCAUGUGUUGUAAAAAUCCAUAUAAUUUCUGAUUAUGGUUCCAUCGAAAAAUUUAUUCAUAUGCCAUAUUCUUCUCAGGAGUAACACAACAUUAUUUGAUCCUAAUUAUAUGGUCCCAAUAAGCGCGUGCUUUUGCAUGCUUGUUUUCAUAUUAAACGCUCAUUGGUCUGCGGGGCAUAGGUGAUUAGCCUUAAUUUUUCCCUUGGCCGCGACUCAUGGCUUGCAGAUUGCAUUUUGAUGUUAAAAUCUAUGCAUUAAUGUAAGGGAACUUUGUUAAUCUUGCUAAUAAAUAAAUAAGCCAAUAUCAAUGUAGUGUCUUCGAUUUUUAUAAUAGUAAGAAUGCGUCAGUUAUUGACUGAUAAUUUUAUAUUAUAAUUAUCUGUAUAGAAUGAAAUUAUAUUGGCGUAUUUCAAUCCCGACUAGUGAUUAUAGGAGUAUAUAUACAUUUGUACGAUCAAAUACAGAACUGAUUUAUAUCGAUAAGUAGGUAUUGAUUCUGAAUACGUCGUCCAUUACUUAAAAUAAUAUUGCAUCGAUAAAAUACAUUUGUAUGUUUCUUAAUUGUCUUCUGAAAUGGUAUUGUGAAAUAUUUGUAAGUAUUUGAAAUCUGUAAAUUUGUACACUUAGUAUUAUACUUUCUACAAAUUGUUUUCCAUCGAGUGGUAAUACUAUCACGGACUAGUCUUAGUUGUAGCUACGACUAAGCUUAUCGGGUAUGAAUGGAUUCAUUCUACGGUUUUCAUUUCCUGUCAAUAUCCUAAACCUAAACAUGCUUCUUAAAUUUUGCGUAAUUCGUGAUACUGUGAAUGUAAAUUUUAAGGUGGGUAUGAGGUUAUCGAGUAAAAAUAAUAACGCACAUUUUUUAGGCGAGUUGAGUGCUUAUAUAUUUAAUAUAUAUCGGAACUAAUGUGAUCAUUGUAUGAACUAAUAUCGGAACUAAUAUGAUCAUUUUAUACGGAUUUAUAUUUAUAUAAUUUGACGUAACGAUUGCCUUCCUUGCUGGAAGUUGAUGUCUUCAGUUUGUAUCUACCGAUUUCCCAGACGUUUGUGUUGAUUAAUUGAGUCCUUGUACUAACGAUGUCCGCCAGCUACGGACACUUGUACUAACGAUGUCCGCCAGCUACGGACACUUGUACUAACGAUGUCCGCCAGCUACGGACACUUGCACUAACGAUGUCCGCCAGCUACGGACACUUGUACUAACGAUGUCCGCCAGCUACGGACACUUGCCCUAACGAUGUCCGCGUGUCAGUGUAGUGAAUUUAGCUUGUCGUCCAUCGGUAAUAUGAAACUUGCGAUCAUCUGUUAUUUGGCCCGAGCCCAUGUAACUAGGACGUUCUCACGUCAUAAUGUGCGUCUGUUAAUGAGCCUGACCUGUAUUAACUCCUAAAGCUGUCUUUGUUCCAUUUCCUUUCUACAAAUUUUCAUUUGCAUAGCGACUUUUUAAGACCUCUAACCUCUCGCCUACAAUUAAAUUCAUCCAUCGCUUAGCGCCGUGUGAAAUUUAGCUGAAUAUUCCGUGGCUGAACUUCGCAUUAGAUAUGCUUUUAGUAAGGCAAUAAGCGCCUUUCGGCAAUAUGUAUUGUAAAUAUUCCAUUAAUAGCGUAAGUUAUUUCUCCAGCGAUGGAAUGCCAAAUCGAUAAUUAUGCUUCCAAAUGUGUUCACUUAUUCGAGAAACCUAAAAGUUUGAUUUGGAAAGUAUUCUUUUCACCACUAAAUAUAGUCUAAAUUUUCAGCAAUGGAAAAUGUAAUUGGAUACUAAUUGAAUCGUGAAGUUAUUCCGCAUAUUAUGUCUGUGAGCGAAUAUAUUUCUAUAGUAAUCCUGAUAAGUGUCAAAAACUCUGGCAAGAGUUGAACUUGCCGGACGAGCAUAUCAGUGAUUAAAUCACGAGACUUUAAACUCAAUUUUUAGCUAACUAACUCCAGCCAGAAAUGAAAAUACACAUUUGAAAUCUAGUAACUUUAAUGCGUCGCGAAAGAUUUAUUGAUUCUCUUCGUCAUGCCUUCCUAUGCAAGUCGUCUGUAUUUAUCUCGUGAGUUGAUUUAUUUAUUAAAGACAAAACGUUUA